AUGCAAGCGUCGCCGGAUGAGUCCUUCGGGAUUAGCUGCAUCUUCUGCUGCGCUCUCUGUGUGCUUCACAUACUUUAUUUCCAUAUGUACAUUUCCCUCCAGCGCUUGCCCUGCUUUAGUGUGGCGAACAUCCACGCCAAGUUCAAGGAGGGCCAGCAUCCGUUGAGUGAUUCCUACAAGCGGUACAAGCAGCCCGGCACCACCACAGCCAGCCAAGAAGGACUUAGUAGCGCGGGUCAGGGUCACCAGGGACAGAGUCACCACACGACGCACCAACCGCAGCCGACGGCGCAGCCACCACAUGGAAUCCUGAGGAGCGGCAAUUCCCGACUCCAUCAGGUCCACGAUGCGGGACGAGGACACCCUGGAAUGCCCGGACAGAUUGGCCAUCCCGGACAGACGCAAACUCUACCCGGAGCAUGUCGCAAGCAUCCGAAUGCCGGAUCGAACUUAAAUCUCUAUCUGCAUAAUGACCUGGAGAGGCGUUUUUACUUCGAAAAGCCAGCUGUGUCCAAGUGUAAUCUGCACUCGCGCAGCUUCGCCAAGUCGCUGAAUGAGCUUUGCACGGAUACGUCCGUGUCCUCCACCCAUGUUCCGGCGCCCCUUCUCCCUUCCGCUGCCGACCCAUUGCCCGCCCCCGCCCUAUUCGCCGACUUGCCUCAGGAAUUUCCACUCACCCGAUCCGUAUCUACCGCCACGGAAAUAUAUCCAGCUUCAUCUUCGGCUCCAGCUCCGCCCUCCGCCCAAAUGAAACGAAAGCAGCAACGGAACAUGGCCACUAAUACGAACACGAAGAUCUCAAACAAUCCCCCAUCCUCCCACUCGCAGAUGGAAGAUCAGUCGCGGCUUUGUGGCCUGAAGCGGGGCCUCCGGAAGACCAAGGACGAGCUUUUCCAGGAGUUCUGUCGACGAGCUGGUAUGCGCAGCAAGCCGAAGAACAUAUACUACAUCAGUGGCGGGGAUGAGGCGGAGGAGGAGGAGCAGGAGGACCAAGCCAAGCGGGAGGAAGUUCCGGACGAUCCGCAUCGCAAUGAUGACGAUGACGCGGAUGGCGAUGACCACGGCUUCAGGCAGUUCAACCGCAUGGAGGAGGAUCAUCUCUAUGUGGUGGGAGACCAUGCCCAAUUGGUGGUGCCGCGUCGCACGUCCAUGUGCGUGGACUCCAUGGGACAGCCGCUGCGCAGACUGAACUCGAAUCUGUCCCUGCACACGGAUCUCAGUUUCCCCGGAACGGGUGGCUAUCCGGGCAUGCGGAUGUCCUUGCCACAGCCGGCUGAUCUCGGCCAGAGUCGCACCUUGCCGCGCUGCUUCCUGCGACAGUCGUCCGAUUCGCUGGCCUCCCAGGGCUAUCCAUUGGGCUCCAGUCAGCAGCGGUUCUCCCAGCUGAUGCUGAAUCAGCAGCAGAAUCGCUUCGUGUCCUCCACGUUGACACUGCCCCAGGUGGUGGCGCCCAAGAGUCAAGUGCAGUGGCCCACGGCGAUUCCCUCCUCGCCGUCGAACUACUCGAAUGGCUAUCAACAGCAUCCGCAGCCCAUUUACCCAGCUCCAACAUCCGGAAGUGGAGCACCUGGGCCAGCGGCUUCGGUCUCCGGACCAGCGAAAUUCCAGCGCGGCUACGCCUUCGAUGAUCAACAGCGUAGGUCCAGUUUCGUGAGCGAUGCCUUCGACCUGGACGAGAUCGAGCGGGAGCGACGGCGAUCCCAUGCCAGUCUGUUUGGAAUGGGUCAGGUGAGGGAUCCCUACGAUCUCAUCAAUGGCACCGCCGUCUAGGAUACCCGUACCCACAUACUCGUAAUCAAUAA